GGAAACGAAAGUUCUUUGCCGAUGGAACUUUGUUCAAAUUUUGAUGCUGAUGAAAUCAGACGAUUAGGAAAAAGAUUUCGCAAAUUAGAUCUGGACAACAGCGGAGCGUUGAGUAUUGAUGAGUUUAUGUCGUUACCAGAAUUACAGCAGAACCCAUUGGUACAGAGAGUAAUUGAUAUUUUUGAUGCUGAUGGUAACGGUGAAGUUGACUUUAAAGAGUUUAUUCAAGGCGUUUCACAGUUCAGUGUUAAGGGUGACAAAGAAAGUAAACUGAGAUUUGCAUUCAGAAUUUAUGACAUGGAUAAUGAUGGAUUUAUUAGUAAUGGCGAACUGUUUCAAGUUCUCAAGAUGAUGGUCGGUAAUAAUUUAAAGGACACUCAGCUUCAGCAAAUUGUUGAUAAAACAAUUCUGUUUGCUGACAAAGAUGAAGAUGGAAAAAUAAGCUUUGAGGAAUUUUGCUCGGUUGUUGGUAAUACUGAUAUACAUAAGAAAAUGGUCGUCGACGUAUAA